CACUACGACUAGAUGCAAAAGAGUUUAUUUAUUAUUCUUUACUGAAGUUUUAAUCUACACAGAGGGUUUUAGGACUUGAUCCUGUGACUAUUUCCUGUAAGUGAACUCUGUGCUGAUACAGGGGUUUGAUUUAACACACCGAUGUUGGAGUGAAGUAAACGUGUGUCCUGCUGUAAUCUGGAGAAGGAGACAUGACCUCCAACAUGAGUGUGUCUGGAAAACAGGACUUAAAGAAAGACGAGAGAAUGAUGGAGGGAAAGAGAUCAGACUCAGCAGAACCCAGCUGUGUGUCCAUGAAGAGUGACAGGUCAAUGGGACCUCCACUACACUUCAGAGACAGCUCUCCUGAUGUGAGACCAGAAAAGAGGAAAUCAAACGUCAAGAGAUUUCAGUUAGAGUCCAUAUUCAAGGAGCUAGAACACAAAGUCAUCACUCUGAUAAAAAAUGAGCUGAAGAGGUUUAGGAAGCUCCUGAGUCCAGAUUACCCAGCAUGCUCUGGGAGGGAGGUGGAGGAUGAGGAGGGUCUGCACAGUGUCAGAGAGGGAGCGCUGAAGAUCACACUGCACGUCCUAAAGAACAUGAAGCACACAGAUCUUGCUAACAAACUGCAGAACAGUAAGAGCUCUGAGUCACAACUUUAUUCCAUCAGGUUCACUUUAGAGAGAGGAAGUGUUUUAGAUAUUAACACUUAUUUAUCAGCUCGAUUUUAGUCUGGUGCCGUGUUCAGAAAGCCUAUAAGAAUCCUCUCAGAUAGCUCCUAACUUAAAAAGCUUAAAAACUUCUACCCAGGAGUCCUAGCUUAAGAGUGAUUAAGGCCAAAUCUCAGAGCAACUCUGAGCUAAGGAAGGUGAGGAGGCGGGGCUGACCCAGUUGCUAAGUAUGACACAUUCUACUGAAGACUGUAAUUGG